CAAGCCGCAAGCCUGUCGUAAUAUGCCCUUCUGUUAAGCAAUAGGGGCGGUGCUCCUGCGUGUAAAAAUAGCUAACAGCCCCAUUCUGCUAUCUAGGAAAUCAAGGCUCUUUCAAGCUUCAAUUCCUAUGCUCAAAUUAGCGACACGUAGCUCUCGCACGAGAUUUCACUCCUCAGUUUACUCUUCCGCUGCCUCUCUAACACCGUCAUUUCUCCUCUUUUCCAAAUCCUCCCACAAUGUCGACUGUCACCGAUAGCUCAGCUGUUUCUUCUGGCUUUGUCCCGACGACGGAUCUGGAGAUUCUAAAUCAAGAAAUUGAUGACGAUGAGGCCAUGUAUCGCAUCAGAGCCGGCAACAGGGUGCACUACCUCACUAUCACUUUGGCCCCCAGCCCAAUCUUCGACCUCGAUACCUUAUGUCGGCCGUAUCUUCUGAUACCGAAACUUCCCCCUUUCCCCAAUUCCAACUGGACCAAGAUGCGAAUGUAUCAGGCAUCAAACGGCAAGACCGAGCACACCCUUUCUUGGGACCCGCUCAGCGGCAUAGACUCCUUAUGGCACCCCCGCCAAGUUAACGUCCUCUCACCAAAGCGGACAGCUAGCCACAAAUCCCGUGUCAAGGAGGUCGAGUUCGAGGGCCAUAGUGCCCUAUCUAAGCUGGCGAUUUUCGAAUGGUGGAUUCCCCAGCUUCAACACGAAACCAAAUUCUACGAGAGCAUUUUGCGGGAUCUGAGUCCUGGCGAGCAUUCAAUUGCCCCAACUUUUCUCGGCCAUCUUAUGGAGCAAGACCGAUGUGUUGGUUUUCUCAUGGAGAAGAUCGAUGGCCGUCACCCGUCCCUGGAUGACUUCCCAGCUUGCGAGGCGGCAUUGCGCAAGCUCCAUCGCAUGGGUUGGGUACACGGAGACGCGAAUCGCUACAAUUUUCUGGUUGAACGGUCCACGGGGCAUGUGAAAAUGACCGAUUUCGAACACGCAGAGCCCUACGAUGAGGUCAAAGCACAGCUAGAGCUACGAGAACUCAAGGCCGAGUUAUCUGAGACAACAGGAAGAGGAUCCUCUGUGGUGGUCCAGAACGGGGUGGAGAAGGUUUCCGGGCCUAUUUCUUAUGCUGCGAACACUAGAGGUCUCUGAUUUUAUACCCAUUCUAACAGAUACGAAAGACUCCCGGAGCCUGCAAACAUACUGUAGGCAUUUAACGAUCCCGGAGCCUGCAGCAAUGAUUUGUUUUACUGUAUGGGCACAUCGUGAUGUUAUAACAGUAUUAAUAGUGCCGUAGAAUUUGAUUAGUUUCCGCAGCUCAGAACUCGCUUUUAAACUUAAUCUACGGUUCUGUGAAA